UGACGCAUACCAGAACACGGUGUACGCGACAUAGGGUCAGUUGUUUUGUGAGCAGCGCUACUGAACAACAGUGUGGACUGGAUGUUAAGCCGAAGAUUAUAAUGACAUUAUGGUGACAACGGCUGAUAUCAUCUCGCCGGUUUCGGCCGGUGCGAAGAUAAACGACAAGAAUGAAGCGACCCACAAGCGAGAACCUGAAUUUCAGAGGUGGAGAUGGACUCCAGGAAAGGUGUACCACCGGGUGCUUGCUUUCUUUGCAUUCGCGUACGCCCUGGGGAGGUUCGCUACCAACGAAGAGCGGUACUCUCUACUGGACCAUAUGCGGAGUUCCUUCAAUGACAGCCCCUUUGGUCUUAAGCAAAGGCAGGUGGAAGUGGACUCCAGAAAAGGUGUACCACUGGGUCGUUUUGUUCGGAGUCACGGUGUACGUCUUCUGGAGGUUCGCGACUACCAAAGAGAGACAUUGCAAACUGGGAGUGGCAGACGACGAAGUAUAUGGUGGUUAUCGCGUGGAAGUGGUACCUCUUGCAUCCCCGUGUUAGCCCGGCUGACAGCCUACGCUGCACCUUCGCUGAUGCCCGUCUUCUACGCUGUCUACGCCUCGCUAUUCACGACCUUCAGCAUUGGCUGGGAAGCGACCCUGCUCUUCCUGGGACAGCACGCCGUCUUCUACGCCACGGCCUCGCUGCGCAGCACAGCACUGUGCUACGUGGUCGCCGCCCUGAUCCACCUCCAAGAGUUCUAUCUCCCGUUGGAUCCAUGCGACUACAUGUCCACCAAAUACGGCCCCAUGCCGUUCGGUGCCGCGUUCGUCGCCUUCCACUGGAACGUCCUGCGCGGCCUCAGCUUCAGCGUGGACUGCGUGCAAUCACAGCAGCGAAAGAGCGCUGGCGAAAACAAGCGCAGGUGGCCACCCUACUGGAAGACGCUGGGAUAUCUAAUGUACAUGCCCAUGCUUUACUUAGGGCCGCCGCAGGUUUACGACGACUUCGUGGCUCAGUCGGAGAAGCCCAAACCGAGCUGCACACCGCGUGAAGUCACCAUCGCCGUGGCGAGGAUUCUACGGUGCGGUGCCCACUUUCUCCUGAUGGAAAUCAUGGCUCACUUCUUCUACAGUUCAGCGAUGGCCGAGUGGCCUAGGAUGGGCGAAAGACUGGACCUAUUCAGCCUGCUGGGCUACGCCCUCUCCUUGGAAUUUAACUACUACGUGUGCUACCUGUUCACCUACGGCUUCGCCGGCGCCCUGGCCAAGGCUGAAGGCAUCGAGGUCCCGGGCACCGCCCCCUGCAUAGCCCGAUUGCACCGUUGCUCGCAGUUCUGGAGGUACUUCGACCGCGGCAUGCACCUGCUUAUCCGAAGGUACUUCUACGAGCCCGUGCUAGGUGGCAGACGCACCGCCUCCCGGAUGCUUUUGGGCACGGCGGUUGCCUUCACCUUCACCAUCACCUGGCACGGCUUCGACUCCCACAGCGCCGUCUGGUGCGCGCUCAGUGCGCUAGGUGUCGCCCUCGAAGUCGUCACCAUCGAGAUCAGAAAGUGUACACCCGUCAAGAAGUUCGAGGGCCGCUACCUGGCGUCACCUGAGCGGAUGCGAAUGACCAAGUGCCUGUUAGGCUCUCCGCAUUUCGUGCUCACAAUGUGUGCCUGCAUCUUCCACCUUGCGCGAGUAAAGGUGUGCCUCGUCAUCUGUAGGAGGAUCCUGACCGGAUUUCCAUUCCCUAUGGUUCCCGUAUUGGUGGUCGUCUACAGCGGCUGCCAUGUUGCCUUGGACGUGGCCGAAUGGGAAGCAAGGGCGAAAUCCAAGCGGAAUCGUGUUGCGCCGUGAACCGCCGCACUCCAGGAUGUUGCGGAACAAUCUGGAAUUUCAUUCAUCGCUUCUUCACUCAUCUUUCUUUCAAAUUCUUUUUCUGAUUUUUGUCUUGCCCCUUUGCAACACGCUGUCCUCACUUAGAGACUCAACUUACUUUUGCCAUUCCUCUGUGUCAUUGGAAAUGAAGAGACCACAUACAGUGAGGUAAUAGUACACUAAACAUUCUUGUUGCCUAAAGUUUCUUUAUGUCACUUGUAAGUGAAAUAUAUUGCGACGUACGAUCGCUUUGGUGAAGUCA